UACGUCAUCCACCAUGUGACCAAUAUUUACGGAAGUGCAAUCCUCCCAUUUUGUGAGCUCGUCUGCUACAAGUCUUAACGUCUUUUUAAGGUUAAUCGUUAAUCUUAACAUUACAUUUACCCACGCAAGCAACGCAUGUCGUCACGUAAAACCACGAUUGACAUUAGAUUUGGUCUUAACGUGUAGUUAAUAGCAAAUGAACAUUAAUUGUGUGUAAGCUAACAGCGCUAGCUGUAGUCCAGCACCCUAAAUUCAACAUCAUUGCCACACGGUACUCCAGUCGUUAUGAAGUCACUGCCGGUGGUUUGAUUGGAGUGUAGUGCUUUUGUUCGACCACGGUUCAACUAUCAACUAACAUUAGGUUGGGCAGCUAGCACCAUGGGGGCCGAGCAGAGCGGAGAUGCUGAGCACAAACACUCAGACUACAGCUCGUCUGUGGUUCCCUCUCCAGCCAAGCAGAAGGCCAAGAUGGACGACAUUGUUGUUGUGGCCCCGGGGACCCAGUCCAUGAGAAACAUCCACAAUGACCCCGAUGUCAUUAAGCUCCAGGAGAUUCCCACCUUCCAGCCCCUCUUGAAAGGAGUGUUGAGUGGUCAGACCUCACCCAGCAGUGUGUGUCUGGAGAGACUGGACCCAGCACAGGUCCUGCAGCUGUGCAUCCGCUACCAAGACCACCUGCAUCAGUGUGCCGAAGCUGUCUCCUUUGACCAGAAUGCUUUAGUUAAGCGCAUCAAAGAGAUGGACCUCUCUGUGGAGACCUUGUUCAGCAUCAUGCAGGAGCGUCAGAAGCGCUACGCCAAGUACGCUGAGCAGAUCCAGAAGGUCAACGAGAUGUCCAUGAUCUUGAGACGCAUCCAGAUGGGCAUCGACCAGACGGUGCCGCUGAUGGAGCGCCUCAACAACAUGUUGCCCGAGAGCGAGCGCUUGGAACCCUUCAGCAUGAGGCCAGACGGGGACUCUGGCUCCAAGUAAGGCAGCAAGGGAGCAUGAACCUGAGGUGAUGACCGCUUCUUUUUACUCUCUUUGGGUUUUGUGGAGUUUCUGUCCAGCCCACUGCUUAGGAGCUUUUGUGUUUGAGUUUUCGAAAACUCUAAAGCUUGCAAGCACAAGACAUGAUUGCAAAUGAGCUCUGGAUGCCCCAGAAACCUGAGAAAGUGGAACUUUGUGGAUUUAAAGGCUGCACAAACAUGGAGAGAAGAAGAACAAACCACACAGCCAGUGUGUUCCCUGCAUGAGCUGCUUCUCCUUUUAUUGUUUUGGAAUAAAAUCAUAAUGAUGUGACUCAAUGCAAGCCAGGACAUUCACAUGGAAUAUUUCCAUUAACUUCAGUUAUUUGUUGAGCAUCACAGUUUUCAUGUGAACGUUGCUAACGGCCCCUACAAGCCAAGUUAAUUGAAGCUUAGUUUGUUUUUGCUACAAAUUAAAGCCAUGAUUGUUUCCAUUCAAUCAGGGGUGUCCACAUUUUUUCCACUGAGGGCCACAUUCUGAAAAAUUCAAGGAACGAUAUUUUUCAUUUUGUAAAAAAAUGCCCAAAUCAAUCCAAUAUUCUAAGAAGGUAUAUGCUGUAUAUUUAAGAUGAAAACCAGCCUGCAUGCUGUCUUUGUGUUAGUAGCAUCAACAGUUUUUUUCUUGUUAUGUUCCCUUUUUGAUCCCCCAAUCACAUACAUACACACACACACACACAAACACACACAUACUUUUGCUGCUGAUUUGUGUGUUGUUGUUUUUUUUUUUUUGAUACUAAUUGUAUUUUUUAGAAUCUGCCGCAAAUGGUACCCGGGCCGCACUUUGGACACCCCUGCACUAAAGUAAUACUGUUUAGCUGCUGCCUCACAUUAACAAAUAAAUGAAGUGUGUUGUUUUAAAAAGUUGCAUUUCAAAAUAAAACCGUGCCAUGGAAACACAAGCCCCAUUUCCACUUAGCAGUACUAUUGGAUUCUUUUUUCAUGUUUCCGGUUCCCUUCUGCCAGUGUUGUGCGGUCACUAAGUAAAAACACUCCUUUAAUUGAUUUUGUGGGAUUUUUUUGCCUUUAAUUUGAAUAAAUAAAUACAACAGGACAAAGAGUUUAAGCAAGCAAAAAAUCUAUUUUUUAUCAAAAAACUUAUUUGUGAACAAUCUAACCAUCUAGUGUAACAGUAUCGAUCUGAUACUGACACUAACCCUGGUAUCAAUACUAUCGAUAUGCAGAUCGAGCCAUCCGCCCCCGACUGCCUUCUGCAGAACUUGUGUAUUUUUUCUGCCUUGCUUUUCAGGGAUACUUUUUCCCAAAUGCAAGACAAUAAAGGCAGGGGUGUCCAAACUUCUACUACGAGGGCCACCUUUGUUCAUUAUGAAAACAUAUCUAAUGUCGGAUGUUAAAUGCAUUGAAAUAAAAACAGCUUACAUCUCAGCCUUGAGUUAGAAGUGAGAAAGCAUUUUAUAAUACGUUAGUUUGAUAUUUCAGCUUGUGACCUUUUUUGGGGGUGCUAAUCCUUUUUCAUAAUAUUCUGCGAACUCAUUAUUUUUAGAAUACAUUUUUUUUUAAUUAAAAAAAGAAAGAAAGAAAACAGGCUGCAUGCUACAAAUGGCCCACAGGUCACACUUUGGAUAUUGCCGCCCACGGUGAAGACAAGCCAAAGAUGAAAGAGGUGUGAUGAUGACCAUAGAACAUACAGUACUACUAAAUGUGAAAUCUAAUCCACUUUCUAUCUCUUCAGAGGAUGCUUUUUGAUGCACCUGUGAGGCAUUGAAGCCUGGUGAAGGGGCUGCUCACACUCAAGGGCCUCAAAGCUGGCGUGAAUGAGGCUUUCAGGGAUUUAGCUUGGCGCUAAUAGCCAGCUGCUCAUGUGAUGGUGUUUUUAAGCUCAUGUAUGUUCUGCAUGCACAACAGAGCCCUUCAGCUGGUGCUGCAUUAAUGGUACCCCCGCCCCAGUGGAGUUGUUCUUCCCCAACAUCUUCAGAGGCUUGAGGGAAGGCUGGUUUAGAAGUUGAAAGUGUUGGAUGUUAACAAGACGAUGCAUCACAAUUCCGCCAGCACAGAAAUUCAGUGUGAAAUGAAAGAAAUCCAAUUUCCCCUUAAAACGUCUCAUUUGAAUGUAAAUCCGAUAUGGCCGUCUCCUUCCUGGAAACAUUGACUUAAUGCUGCUCAUCAAUGCCGCCUCCUCUUCCUUUCCCCUGCAAAUGUCCAUAAUCUUAACUUCUUCAUGAUCUUCUCUUUUUGUACUUCUGCCACACAGUCCAAAUAAUAACACAGUGCAACCUGUUUAUGUCGAGGUGUACCACUACACCACUAGUGAUACACAGGUUGUACCACAACACCACCAAACAUGUUUAAUACGACAAAGAAAAAAGGUAAUGGUAUGAAAUAUUGCCUUAGGUUGGCCUUGGCGGACAACGUUUGGACACCCCCAAUUUAAGAUGUUUGCGAGCGUGUGCCGGCGUGGUCUCUUCAUCUGGUUAGGAUGCAGGCAGCGGUUCGCAGCAUGUUUGCAUGCAAAGCUCCAAAUUAGCGGCUAUGAAAUAUUCACAGCUGGCCUCAGAGGAAUAACAGCAGGUGCCCUGUGCGCCGCCUGAGCUGCGAAUGAAGCCCAUCAUGGCCACCGAGUACACGUGCUUAAAGGAAGCGUUCUACUUAUCUCCAAACAUUUAUUAUUUACAGACAUCGGUGGGAUCGGAGGGACACUCGUUUCUUUUUCAAUUUUACUGUUUUUUAAACUGUUUUUGCGACAUGCAGGAGCAACACAGCAACAUUAACAAUGAAUGACUCAUUAUUCAUCUCAACAGCGGAAGCAUGUAUGCCAAUUAUAACAAUAAUGAGCAAUGUACUUCAUUCAUUGAUCAUUAUUCAUAUGUUUACAUUCAGCCUUUAUUUUUACAUUUCUGUUACAUUUCUUCAUUAUUUACUAUUUAUUAAUCUGUCUUUCAUCUCUUGUUUUAACUUAUUUCAAGCUUUUCUGAUUUUAUUUACACGUAUUAUUUAUGUAACCAUUUUUAAUUUUACUGUAUUUUUUUACUUAUUUUAUUUGGCUAUUUUGUUAUUUUCUUCAAACACAUUUUAUUCAUUUUUUCUGUUCCUCUAUCACUGCACAACAUUUGAUUAUUUUGUAUUUUAUUUUGUAUUCAACAGCUUUCUUCAUUUUUUUCUUCUUCCUUACUUCACUAUUGAACACAACAUGAUCUACAAGUAAAUGCUGUUUACAUUUCAAGUUUUGCAGCUUUAAAAUAUAAUAAUAAAUCAUGCUGUUUUGUGGUUAGAUGCGGCCUAUUAGUCAGAAAAGUUGCACAUGUGAGCAAAUUCUACAUAUUUUGUGCCUAAAUUAAGCAUUUUUAAAGUAGAAAAAUGGCUAAAUGAACUAAAAUACAAAUGUAAGGCAUUCAGAAGAGGCACUCAAAGACUUUGUGGUGAUAUGUAGUAUUCUACACUGGUCUCUAGGUGUCAGUCAUGAUACUGUAAUGUUCAGCAAGACACACAAGCACCAGACUUGAUUGCUGUAACAACUGGCUUUUAUUGCAGGUUUGAAUGAUCUCACAACAGGCACAAUAAUCCCGAAGAAAGCUUUCUAAAACAAACAUGGGCUACUGUUGCGGCCCCUAACCUACGGCAAGCUGAAAUUCAACUCUGAACCCCCGACGUCACUUUGUCCCCCCGCCACUCAACUCCUCUAGCACCGGAACACAUUUACAGCAACACCAAUAAGCAUGAGUUAUAUUUAUGUCUCGAAUGGCUUAUUUUCUCUAAUUAUGUCUACUAUAUUGGGUAAUGAUAAUCAUGUUAAAAACUGUAUUUAGAAGGUCAUAAACAAAUUUUCCAUGCUCCAACUAUGAAAAUAUUCCCUUUAUAAAUAAGGAAUUCUACUUGGCGGAAAAUCACUUUUCACACCAAUUAACCGCAAUAAACGCGGGAUAGUGGUAUCACUCUGUCUUUUCUUAUUUGGCCAAAUUUCUUUUUUAAAUGAUCUGGCUGCGGAACAUUUCCAAGCAACAUUUCCAUUGAGCUACAGUAUAUGAACUACUAUGAAGGACAAAUAUACUGUAGGAGGAAUUCUGAGUAACAUUACAAGAAAGUAUCCUUUACAGUUUUUAUCCUGAUUUUGCAUUUUAAUUGAUUCAGACAUAUCCAUCAAAUUAUUCUUUUUUAUGUUGUUUGUCACAAAAACCCUCCAUAGCCUGUGCAAGAAGAAGCCAAGGUGACACUUUAAAAGUGCUAAAAUGGGCCCUAUACUGUAUCGCUUUGUGGAAAAAGUGAGUGGGGGAAAAAAGGCGAGUAUUUGUGACACCCAUAAAAACGUCUAUUUUUGACACUAAUAAAGCCUGGAUUAUGCUGCUGUAUCGAGGCUGUACCGGCUUGCUCCUCCCCCUCCAAACCCUCUUCCGUAGCUUGACGUUGACAUUCUCCUCCAAUUACAUAUCAACAUUUGCUUUUUUGUAUUUAUGAAUUAUUACUGGCUUAGGGCGAAUGAGUUGGGUUUUCUGUGAAAAAAAAAUUGCACAAAUUUGGCAUCAAUGUUAAAUCAGGAACGUGGGGAUCGACAUCUUUGACAUGACUUAGUAGUACUUGAGAUCAUCAUUUUACUUUAAAAAGUGCUGGUUCUUAAGGGUUAAGUGUAGACACACAGUUACGGUCAUUUUUUUCAGAUGCUCAAUAAAAGAA